UUUACACUAUAGCAAAAUUUUUUACCAAUUUUUAUUUAGGAGGACAUCUUCACUAUAAUAAACAGUUUAGAUUUAUACAAACCAAUCACUGUGGAAGACCUAGAUGUAGAAGACGAUAUGUACACUGAACGCUAUCCAAAUCUUCCUAGAAUUGGUACCAGGGUCAAACGAGGACUUCACUGGACCUGGAAAAACCAAGAUAGUAAUGGGCCUGGAACAGUAGUAGGGCACUCUAAAAGAUUUGGUUGGGCUAUCGUGGAAUGGGACAAUGGACUUCAAUUGAACUAUCAGUAUGGAUUUGAUGGUAGGAUAGAAAAGUAUGACAUCGCUUCCUGUAAAGAGCCAAGGAUUUUAAAAAAUGAAUUAAUUGCAGUUGGUUGCAUAGUUUCUAGAGGUCCUGACUGGAAAUGGGGAGAUCAAGAUGGCGGAGAAGGAAAUAUUGGAACGGUAUAUAGAGUCAAACAAGAAGCUGUUGUUUAUGUUAAAUGGCCGAACGGCAACCGUUGUAACUACAGAUAUGGAUACAAAAAUAAGUAUGAUGUUCUACUAUGUGAUCCAUUUGAAGCAUCGUAUCAAUCCAAACGACGAUUGAUUCAUUCUGAACCUCCCACAGAUUAUACGGAAGGGAAAAGAGAAAGUGAAUUGAAAUCAUAUUCAGCAACAAAUGGCUUUGACCACUCACAAUCUCACAGACGCACAGAAUGCAGCUCCAAGAGUAUUGAAUUGGACGAGUCAUUAAAAUGUGAAAUAUUGUAUGGAUGUAACGAAAACAGUUCAUGUAAACGGUCAAUGGACCGUAGAUGGCAGUGGAAAGGUUCUUCUGGAAGAUGGAACGAUUAUAGUGAUGAAAUAAACGAUAAAAUAGAAGACUGUUACAGAAGAAAGCCUGAGUCAUCCGUCGUUACCAAUUUAGAGGGACGCCUAUGCAGGAUUAUUUUUGACAAGAGGAAACAAAUUGACACCAUUUCCAAAUCAAUAACAGAUGUUAGAAGCAGUUGGGACGAUUAAACAUUAACGAAUGUUUUGAGACAUGAUAGUUUAGAUACACGUUGUAUAUCAUAAAAAUUGUAGUGGUAUAAUAAUCAAUUUAGACAUUUAGUCUUUUUGUCUGAGAUACCGGGUAUAUGUUAUAAUAACAUUUGACAAUGUAAAAUGAUAUGUAUACUUUCUUUUUCUUAUGAUAUGAAUAUAAAAUAAUGUUGACAUUCAUAUUUUUAUGUUGAUAUUAUACAUGUAGGAAUACCAAUAUUUUCACUGAAAUUUGUAAAAAGGUUUGGGAAAAAGAACAUAAAUACUUGAUAUUUAUAUUAAUCAUAAUUAUGGCUUUCUCUUACGUUUUUUUUUUUGUGACCUUACUUUUGUAUGUUAAGCAUUUAUUGAAAGAAUAUUACUACAUAUAGUUGUCUGUGUUAACACAAAACCAAUCUACAAUCGUAUACCUCUAACCAUAAAAUA